AUGAUGCGAGCACUCCUCCUCUUCGCCUCACUCGACCACGUUGGUUCGCAGCUGACACAAUUUGGUGCACCGCAACGCUUUGUCACAGUGACUCUAACCUUAUCGGACACCGAACAAGGAGCCGCUUUUCCACGUCAGACUAACAGUCUACAUCGGAUGCACUUUUGCGUUUCCUCCUCCUCCUCCUCCUCCUCCAUUUGCGAUGUAGGUGAUGGCAUCUUAUAA